ACAGGGGAUUCGCUGCCAAGACUUUCUCCGUGGACUCAAUGCACUGAGAGCGCGCAGCGGCUUUUUUCUUCUUCAUCUUCAUCUUCUUCUUCUUGGUCCGUCAAAGUUUCAGUUUACAAACUCGGAUUAUUUCGUAGAGGUGGGUGUGGGGGAAGAAAAGAAGAAAAAAAGACCCGAGAGACGUCGUACAACCACGAGCUCUGACGAAGGUGGCGAGUGGGCGGUUGAACGCCGGCGCCGUGCGUAAUACCCGGCGGGCAGCAGGUGGAUGGAGAGGCUGGCGCGGUCAGCGACGCAGCGGAGGACUGGACUCCACACUCUCUGCUGAGUGACUCUUUGCCACGAUGGACUUGACAUGAAGAGGACGCGUUUCUGUUUUCAAUUCAAAAAUCUAUCUUGCUCUUUUUCUGUUUCUCUACAGCUGGGAUGUGAUACUUGUGGUUCCACGUUAAUGAAGAUCCUCAGUCAUCCCGUCCCCCAGAGCCCCAAACCCUUUGACCCCAAAGUGUCAAAUUCCUCUGUUUAGCUCACAACUGGAGGUCCCUGUGCCCCCUUUUCAACAGUCUUGCAUGGUAGCAUGAGUGCUUUCGAACAUGUAAUCUCAAACCCAAUAAUAUCUACCUUCUCCCAACUCCUUUAUUUUUUACAUCUUUACCCGUUGCCAUCUUUAGACACUUGGAACCCUUUGAUAGCCUAAACCCCUCUCCGCCAUCAUGGCCUUGGAUCAGUGGCCCUUUCUCACGACCCCCCCAAACAUCUCCAUCCCCGAGCCCCUCCUCUACGACAGCUACAUCCAGGGCAACGAGUCCGAUCUGGAUCUGAACAUCUCCAGGACCAGGGAGUCUCACCAGGACAAGACCAGCUCCGUGGUCAUCACCUUCAUCUACUUCAUAGUGUGCGGCGUGGGGCUGUGCGGCAAUGCCCUGGUCAUAUAUGUCAUCCUGCGCUACGCCAAAAUGAAGACGGUGACCAACAUCUACAUCCUGAACCUGGCGGUGGCGGAUGUUCUGUGCAUGAUGAGCCUACCCUUCAUCGCCCUGCAGCUGGCCCUAGUGCACUGGCCCUUCGGAGAAGUGCUGUGCAGGGUGAUCAUGACUGUUGACUCUCUCAAUCAGUUCACCAGCAUCUUCUGUCUGACGGUGAUGAGCAUCGAUCGGUACUUGGCUGUGGUCCACCCAAUUAAGUCCACAAGAUGGCGGAAGCCCCGCAUGGCCAAGCUAAUUAACCUGUCGGUAUGGGGUGUGUCCCUGUUAGUCAUCCUACCCACGUUGAUCUUUAGUGGUCUUAACAAGGUGCCUGUGUGUGGGAUCGUGUGGCCGGAGCCCCAAGAUGUCUAUUACACGGCCUUCAUAAUCUACACCUUCUUCAUCGGGUUCUUCUUGCCGCUGGCAGUCAUAUGUCUGUGCUACCUAUUCAUUAUAGUCAAGGUAAAGUCAUCGGGGAUGCGGGUGGGUUCCACCAAGCGCAAGCGUUCCGAGCGAAAGGUGACACGGAUGGUGUCCAUCGUGGUGGCGGUUUUCGUCCUCUGUUGGCUGCCUUUCUACAUAUUCAACGUCACCUCCGUCGCCAGCUCCAUCAACCCCACCUCUGCCAUGAAGAGCACCUUCGACUUUGUGGUGGUGCUAGGCUACGCCAACAGCUGCGCCAACCCCAUCCUGUACGCCUUCCUGUCGGACAACUUCAAGAAGAGCUUUCAGAACGUCCUGUGCCUGAAAAAGGUGGCGGGCCUGGACGAGAUUGAGCGCAGCGACAGCAGGGUAGACCGGAGCAGGAUGGUGAACGACGCUAUGAUCAUCAACGCCAACUUGGAGACUCACAACGCUGCCCUGCUCAAUGGCGAGCUGCAGACCAGCAUCUGAGGCAAGGCAGACACAUCCAGGAAAGCCGGGGAGACAGACCAGUGGCGCUUGUGGCUUCCAGACUGACAAAGCUAGUGACCCCAAAGAUGCGGGAGGCAGGAGGAUGAUUUAGCUGCUGCUCGUGGACAUUGACACAUGAACAAAGUCUAAGAGAAGACUAAACAAUUUCCUAAGGGGUUUCAGAUGUCAGCAAAACUACAUGCUCAAACCUCUUGAUAUGGGUUAAUGAGGCAACUGGAGCUGGUACGCCCCCAGGCAAUUUAUCUUGGCUGAAGUGAUUUUAUUAGAACUGCAUUCCAAGUGAUGUUACAUCAAACAAACGUAAUAAAUACUAAUGCUUUUCGUGCCAGCUCCAGGGUUUCUAUUGAGUUGUCACGCAGACGGAAACCAAAAAUCGAAACAACGCCGGAGAAUGGACUGCUGGGGAUCCACUCCAGAAACACCGCGGGAGAGAGAGCCAGAUCUGAUGGGGUCGAGCACUCCUUGAUGGAGUUUUUGAGAGCUGUUAAGGGGUCGGCAUUGAUUUCUCUGAAUGUGGAAAUACUGCUUGAGAAGUCAGCCAACCAAUGCAGUGAAACCACCAGCACUGUAAUUCUAUGGAGACUUUGAAAGAUACAAAUCAGAAGCCACAAGCCAAGCUGAAAAUCUUCACUGUCAUGUUUUAUUCAUACCAGCUGAUUACCCUGGUCUUACAUGAUCAACCAAGCAACAAAAUGGCAAAGCCCUCCCAACAUGACACACGGAAGAUGCUCUUUUCUCCCUCAUGCUGGCAUCUCCGCGGGAGAAGACACAUUGAUCCUACAAACUCUCGAAUUGAACAUCCUGGAUUAUUGAUCGAGGUGGAAGGAAUGGAAAACAUCUCGGCGGCCGCUCUGACCUUUCUCCCUUUCAAACAGCUUAACCUUGUAUAAAUCUUCAAAAUGGUUUUCCGUCCACUCCCGGGGGAAAUGGCCUGACACGGACGACUCCAAUAUGAGUUGCGACGGUUUCCCCUGUGUAUUAUUGUAAUGCUUUGAGGACAGGUAUGAAACUAUGUUUGUGCAACCCAUCAUAUGUACGUGAUACUUCACUGUGUCCGGGUCUGAACAGUUACUGCUCCCUGCGCCAGCGGUGUCAUAUAGUAAAGGGCCCAUUUCUACUUGUAAAGUGCUGUGUUUUGAGUACAUGCUGAUUCAUGGUCACUGCUCUCAGCUUCACACAUUGGUUCAGCAAAAAUAAUUGCCGAAAUUUCACAGAAGGAAGACAAAUGUGUCAUGUAGUCAGAGAGGGAGAGAGAUAGGGGCAUGAGGAGAUACAGAAAAGGAGAUUUAGUUUAUUUAUUCUUAGAUUUAACUACUAUAUCUGUACUAUAUCUACUGACACAACACAAGAAAAACAAAUAACUCAACCCGCAUCAAUAGACCAAACAUACGGUCCAUUAAUUGUCACAGAUUUUUAAAAAGCGGUCAAAGUCAAAGCAGCGGGCAGCAACAAGUUCCAAAAGCAAUGGAUCCUAUCUUUCCCAAGAUGCAUCUGGCUAGCAUCUUUUAUCAGACCGUCCCAGUCUCUCGAUGACAUCAUUACACUGGAUUCAUAGUGAAAACAUUAAGCAGGCAGCGGCCAUAGUUAAUUGUGCUUUCAACUCCAGGAGUCUAUGUCCCUGUGCUCUCUAUAAUGAAUGGUUUCUUGAGAUGAAACAAGACUUUCAGGAUGCCAGAUGGAAUAAUGGAGUCAUCAAUCAUUGGAACAUCCUGAAGGUUACUAUGUUUAGUUUCUUUUUAGCCAUGCUAGCUGCGUGGCAAUGUCAGUCUGUCAGUUCACCACUUUGGUCCAUAUUGAAACAUUGCCACAACGAUUGGAUGGAUACAAACAUUCAUGAUCCCCAGAUGAAGGACUGUAAUAACUUUAGGUAUCAGCUCACAUUUGUUCAGCACUUUAAGGACCAAAUACAUGCAAAACUCACGACUCUCCCAAAGGCCCAAAGGUUCAGUGUUAAUUAGGAAAUGUUAGCAUGCCAAGAGGCUGAACAAAGACAGUGGACAUGGCGAAGAUUAUAUCUGCUAAAUAUGCACGUUAUCAUUGCCAUCGUGAGAAUGUUAGCGCACUGAUGCUAGCCUUGGGCUCAAGUGCAGCAACAGAGCUGGCAGCAUGGCUUUAGACUAUAAGGCGGCGCAGUAAUGAAGAUAUACGGUUGUCAACUUAAAGUUUAACUUUCACAAUUUUACGUAAUUAUCAGCGUUUGUUAAUUAUCUUUCAGGUGAAUUAGCUAGCCAGCUUGUUAGUUAACUGGACUGACUCCACUCAGCUGCAGCCAAAGGAGCUACAACAAAAGACCAUGUCACAGUAACCUGAAUUCGGAAACCUUAUCACUCCGAUAACGUGGACUGAAUUAGGUAUUUAUCCAUUUCCAUUUUAGUAUUCCGGCUGUUUGCACACAGCGACUUUUCCAACGGACCUCCAUGAUGGUGCCACAUCUUGUUGCCAGGAGAUUUGUCAGACAACUUGCAAAGCCUAUAUUAUAAUAAGGUCAUCCGCCAUAUGCUGCGGGGUCCGAUUCACUUCAUUCCAGGAUAUCGGUCCAGUUAGAAGCCAUCAAUCAGCGCAAUCAAAACACACGAGGAGCACAAGGCUUGUCCCGGGAGGUUACUGCGUGCCGUCGCUGCUAGCAGGGUCGGUUUCCAUCUAGACUCACAGGUCACAAUAUGAACACACACUCACAGACAUUUGUCGACUUGCGUGCAGGUACAAUUCCAAGUAAUGUAUAAAAAGACUCUAGAAAUGCAACUCACAAUGUGUCCAAAGCUCCUCGCACCCUUUUCAGAGUAGCGCAGAAGGUCAGAAGAGCGACCAAGUCUACAUCAAGGAGUCAUACUGACUCAGUGGACUGUGCGUAAUAAUGUGAUGCAUCACGAUACCAAAGGCUUCAUGGGUUAAACCCACCAUUUUUCAAUUCAAUUCAAUUCAGUUUAUUUUGUAUAGCCCAAUAUCACAAAUUACAAAAUUUGCCUCAGAGGGCUUUACAAUCUGUACACAUACGACAUCCCUGACCUUUGACCUCACAUCGGAUCAGGAAAAACUCCCCAAAAAUAACAUUUGACAGGGAAAAAAGGGAAGAAACCUUCAGGAGAGCAACAGAGGAGGAUCCCUCUCCCCAGAUGCACAACCAGAAACAUGUUUGGAUUGUCACAUUCUAUAUAUAACCUGUGAGUGACCCUGAAACAUGCUAUAGCAUUCUGUGUAUCUUUAUCUGUCUGCAAACACAAGUGCAAGAACUAUUCUCUCCCGAUGCACAGUUACGUACUUUUGUUCUGUCCUAUCCUCUAUAUCUCCAUCUCUCUUUCUCUCGCGUGCACUGCUGGAGAAGGAUAACAUGAGCUGACACACAUUUCACACCCACCCAAACUCAACGAGCUGAAAUGAACUGUAUAAACACACCAUGCCCACCAUGGCCGCUGGCCAUUUCGGCAUACUUAAUGGAAUUAAUGUAUUUAAUGGACCAUUCUGAUGUUUAGUAGAUGUUGAUAAUGCGGUUUGUGUCAAAACCAGUUUAAUGUAGCGCUAAAAGGACAGCUGAGGCAAUGAGGCGGGGACCCGCAGUCGUUGCAUCCUUUGUAAUUUUGUGAAAUCAAGACCUAAUUAUCUCUCUGAAAUGACAUAAUAUUCUGCAAAAGAAAAGAAAAAAAGGGAAUUUGGGUUCAUGGUUCUUUGUCCGCUGGGCACGAUUCAGCGCCAAAUGUGACAUUUUGUCUGGAUUUCCGUCUUGUUCCUGCCGCUUUAUCGUGUACAGAAGAGAGGAAGAAGCGGAGGAAUGGGGAAACCUCGGCCUUCUUGUGCUCUGUUUCUUUUUUCCGGAAAAACACAAGUUCAUUUGGGAAGGGCUAGAACGUGCACUCCUGAGGAUGCACCGUUCAAUGUUAACUAUGUAUUUGUGGUAUCCUCUGCUUGUUUGUGUAUGCUGCGUAUCCCGCCUUCUGUGUUCUCUCAAUAACCAAAACCAGUGGUACACACUUACUGGGUGGCCACAUUAUUCUUUGCAAGAUAUACUCUCAGAAAAAAGGUACAAAGAUGUACUUGAGUUUGGCUUCAGCUUUAGCAACAACGAAUGCAACUUUGUAAAUGUUGUUGUUGUGAUUAGCAGCAAAAUGAGUCAUUAUUUUUGUUCAAAGAAAUAAAAUGAUUUUUACAAUACAGAUUUCACAUAAUUGUAACUAAGCCAAAUUUUAGCCAAGCUGGUCGUAACUUACAAGCUUGUUUCUGACGGCGUAUAGCCAUGGAUAUGUACUUUUCUGUGCAGUGACUUUUAUCUAUGUGCCUUGGAACUUCAUGUAAAAACCAUGCGAUGAAAUCAAUGUACAGCAAAACAACAUUGUGACCGAACAACCAAAGGCCUGUACUGUACAGACAUGUUGGUAGCUAGAACAUAACGGAGAGUAUAUCAUUUUUAGUUCUAUAUUUCCCCAGAUUAUAUAGCUUAUGUUUUUGUGUGAUAUAAUGUCAGAAGCAGAUGUUUAUUUGUGACUAUAAUGUGAUCAUUGAUUGUAACGGACAGUCCAAUGUCCUCGUCUCUGCAAUUAAAAUGCGGGCAAGUUUCUGGUCCCAUGGU